CCUGGCAAUGCAGAGAGAGUAGUGCAUUCGGGGAGGUCAUGUUUGAAGCUGGACAACAUAAUAGCGAAAUUUGUAUUAUCCCUAAAAAUAAACUGAAUUCAUCGUCAAGGACGCGGACUAUUGUGGAGAAUUCUGGAGUGAUCAUUCUGUAUUUUGUUGACGGAGUCCAGAGAGCAUAGUUUGGAUGCCCAGAAAGCAGCUCCUCAAGGUUUCAUCAUGAAUAAAAACAAGCGAGGAGAAGAGAGGGAGCUCUACAGUUUAGAUGUCGGAGAUUCCACCUUCACUGUUCUGAAAUGCUACCAGAAUCUAAGGCCCAUCGGCUCAGGAGCACAGGGAAUCGUCUGUUCAGCGUAUGACCACAACCUUGAGAGGAAUGUGGCUAUUAAGAAGUUAAGUCGGCCGUUCCAGAACCAAACGCAUGCCAAGAGAGCGUACAGAGAACUGGUGUUAAUGAAAUGUGUCAAUCACAAAAAUAUCAUUGGCCUAAUACAUGUAUUCAGCCCACAAAAAUCAUUAGAAGAAUUUGCAGACGUAUACAUUGUGAUGGAGCUGAUGGAUGCCAACUUGUGCCAGGUGAUUCAGAUGGAGCUGGAUCAUGAGAGGUUGUCCUACCUGCUCUACCAGAUGCUGUGUGGCAUCAAACACCUCCACGCUGCCGGCAUCAUACACAGGGAUCUAAAGCCCAGUAACAUUGUCGUGAAGUCAGACUGUACGUUGAAGAUCUUGGACUUUGGCUUGGCUCGGACAGCGGCUACAGGUCUGCUGAUGACUCCCUACGUAGUGACCAGAUACUACAGAGCACCAGAGGUCAUACUGGGGAUGGGCUACCAGGCCAACGUGGACAUAUGGUCUGUGGGAUGUAUUCUGGCAGAAAUGAUCCGCCACAAAAUCCUGUUCCCAGGAAGGGACUACAUUGACCAGUGGAACAAGGUGAUAGAGCAGCUUGGGACUCCGCCACAGGAGUUCCUGAUGAAGCUCAACCAAUCAGUGAGGACGUACGUAGAGAACAGGCCGCGUUACGCAGGAUACAGCUUUGACAAACUCUUCCCUGACGUCCUCUUCCCUGCAGACUCAGAGCACAACAAACUGAAAGCGAGCCAGGCCAGAGACCUGCUGUCUAAGAUGUUGGUGAUCGACUCGUCUAAGAGGAUCUCUGUGGACGAGGCCCUGAAACACCCCUAUAUCAACGUGUGGUACGACCCAGCAGAAGUGGAGGCGCCCCCUCCGAAGAUCACAGACAAGCAGCUGGAUGAGCGAGAGCAUACGGUGGAGGAGUGGAAAGACCUGAUCUGGAAGGAGGUGUAUGAGUGGGACGAUUGGACCAAGCAGAAUGGCGUGAUCAGAGGACAACCUCUUUUAGGUGCAGCAGUGAUUGACAGCUCCCCUCAGCACCCCUCGUCCUCCUCCUCAGGCAAUGACGUAUCCUCCAUGUCGACUGACCCCAGUGACCCUAGUGAACCCACCAUGACCUCUGACACGGACAGCAGCCUGGACAGCCACACCUCUCUGGGAGCACUGGCCUGCUGCAGAUAACAUGCACACAUAUACACUUCUGUCACAGUAUAUAGUUUAAAACACUUAAAGGGGCAAUCUGCGAUGGUUACAUUUUUUUUCCUGCCUUUUUUAUUGAAUUGACAUAUACCAAUUGAUUCUUGAAGAAUAUAAUAUAUAAAUGCUUUUACUCCAUUGUUUGUAAACAAACUCUGUAUAGUCUCAAAACAUGAUUACAUUGUGUUUCCUCCAUUGUUUGUAAACAAUGCAAUUGUAAACAAACACUGUGUAUAGCCUCAAAACAUGGUUAAAAUUAUACUUUUGAUACUGUAUCAUGGAUGGUCAGUCCUUGCAUCCAUAGCUUUGUUUAUGAAUUUCAGAGCGAUUACAUUUCUCUAGCCCCAACCCUAAGUUGCUUACCAAAAACAGUGGUGGGGUGACUGCUUUAUUGUUGUUUAAACUGCAGAUUGCCCCUUUAAGAGUCCGUAAUAAAAUAAAAAUGUUUUUAUUUAUUUUGUAAAUGCACAGUUUUCAUUUGCUAUGUCCCCUAUAUCAGGCAUUGCCGAUUGUGUACAUGCUGUAAAUUACUAUAUUUAUUUAUUUUCUUGUGUCAGCUUCUGUCCCACCAAGCUGUGUAUGUCUAUGCUGUAAAUGAUAGUGGUUCAAAUCUCACAGUGGAUGGAACUUUUCCCCCUUUUCCCUAUAAGAAAGUGUUUUCUUACAAACACAUAUUUAUUUUCUAUUAUAAACUUCGAGCCCUGAAUGCUGAUUGACUGACAGCUUUGUUAUAUGAGACCGUAUACCACAGGUAUGACAAAACAUUUAUUUAGCAUUAAAUUAAACCAUUAAAAAACCUGGCCCAAAUACCUUUGUCACUUAGCCAUCUUUGUUGCUUUGUUUCUUCAACCAGUGGCCCAUCCCACUUGGCUCUAACCCUUCAAUGUUUGCAGUUCUUUAGGUUUUGGAUAGGUAUGUACAGGUCUGCAAACAUCAAAGGGUUGGGGCCAAGGGAAAGGGACAAAGGCUGCUUAUGUUUUAUUGGCGGGGCCAGGAGUCUUUCCUCAGGUCACAGGACCAGGAAAAUCUCCCAGCCACAUUGAUUUGAUUUAAGUGCUCUUACAGUUCAGGGAUUUUUGAAAGUCGGGACAAUCCUUGACCGGCAGAUAAACUUUAUUUUUAAUGUUUAUUUUGUUGCAUUAUUUGAUCCUAAAAAUUACAUUUAGGGGAAUUUUAUCAGGGGAAAGAUUUGCUUUUGGAAUUUUCUAAAUAUUUUCAAUAUUACAAAUGUCCAUGUUGUCUCUAUGCCUGGAAAUGUCCUUUUCGGGAGCCAAGGGGGGCAAUUUCAAACUCUCCAAAAAAGUGUUUAAAAUUCUUAAAACGGCAAUAAUGAACAUUAACUGAAAAGGGAUCUUAGGUAGUUUUUUGCAUUAGACCUCUGACUUAAAGGAAUAUUUCUCUCAAAACUGUGAUUCCUAAAAUAAAUUGUUAGGAGAUUUGAUGAACUCCGUCAGAUUUGUCUACAAUCAUUAAUUAAUCAAGAAUGAUCCGGGUCAGCUCCACCUCAUGGACCUUUUCUUAAUGUCCUCAUUACAUAUAGCGCAACAAAACCACUCAUGGUCUGCAAAGUGAUCUACUUUUGAUAGAUUUAAAGAAACAAUAUUGAAAUCAGUCGGUCACAUUUUUGUCUAACGUCAACUCCGCCAGUGCUGAAAUAUAUUAGAUAAUGGUUAUAUUUUUAUUGGGAAUUUUCAAAUAAAUCAUUUUCUAUAUUUUACAAAUGUUUGUAUUGAAUUUUUUUUUAAAUGCAAAAAUAUGUAUUUUGUUGUCAACUCCAUCAGUGGCUUGUCAUCUUCAUCACUGAUGGCUAACCCCCUUAAGGUCAAUAUUUUGUCAAUAUUCUGAAAAUAUAUACAGCUGAAGUCAGAGGUUUACAUACACCUUAGCCAAAUACAUUUAAACUCAGUUUUUCACAAUUCCUGACAUUUAAUCCUAGUAAAAAUACCCGGUGUUAGGUCAGUUAGGAUCACCUUUAUUUUAAGAAUGUCAGAAUAAUAAUAGUAUAGAGAAUGAUUUAUUUCAGCUUUUAUUUCUUUGAUCCCAAUUCCAGUGGGUCAGAAGUUUUACAUACACUCAAUUAGCAUUUGGUAGCAUUGCUUUUAAAUUGUUUAACAUGAUCAAACGUUUCGGGUAGCCUUCCACAAGCUUCCCAUAAAAAGUUGGGUGCAUUUUGGCCCAUUCCUCCUGACAGAGCUGGUGUAACUGAGUCAGGUUUGUAAGGCCUCCUUGCUCAUGCACACUUUUUCAGUUCUGCCACAAAUUUACUAUAGGAUUGAGGUCAGGGCUUUGUGAUGGCUAUUCUAAUAUCUUGACUUUGUUGUCCUUUAGCCAUUUUGCCACAACUUUGGAAGUAUGCUUGGGGUCGUUGUCAAUUUGGAAGCCCAAGCUUUAACUGAUGUCUUGAGAUGUUGCUUCAAUAUAUCCACAUAAUUUUCCUACCUCAUGAUGUCAUAUAUUUUGUGAAGUGCACUAGUUCCUCCUGCAGCAAAGCACCCCCACAACAUGAUGCUGCUACUGUAACAGGGUUAUAUUGGUGAUUCCCCUUGCCACUUUAUUGUUAAGCCAAUGGGUUUUUGGUUUGAGUUUGUCUUGCCUUCACCUACUCAACAUGGCAUCUUAUUGGCUGGUUUGCGUAGCUUGCUUACGAGGGGGGAUGUUCCAGUUAGAAUCGUCCCAGUGAACAAGCACCAAACCAGCGGUAAGUUGUUGGUUGCAAAGCACCGUACGUCAAAAGUGAUUUUAUGCUCUCAAGUGAUUAUUUAAAUGUACAAUUUAUAUCAAAUAGUUUGUAAAUGUUAUUCAAACAUCACACAUAAGAUGCAGGGGUUUUUGGAGAAUAUUUGUUGUGCAUUUUGUUGUAGAGAAUUCACGCCAGUAUUAGCUAGCAACUUACUGUGUCUGGUGGGGGGGGUUCAUAUAUUUUGUACAGUGCGUGAGUGCAGAGUUGGAUGGUGAGACGGGCAUUGCAUGACGUGCAAUCUUGUGUCGUUCUUAUCAGGUACAUUGUUAAAGAUAUUAUAUUGUAAUUGUAUUAUUUUGGUAACUGCCCAGUGAACAAGCACCAAACCAGCGUGCGUGAGUGCAGAGUUGGAUGGUGAGACGGGCAUUGCAUGACGUGCAAUCUUGUGUCGUUCUUAUCAGAAUAAAGCUACAUGAUUGGUGCUACA